ACCCUCUUCCGACAACCACGCACCUCCCUUAGGCUAUUGCCAGGACGAUUGCGGAAACGAGCCGGUCUCUUGACAACAUUGGGCAGGUACUUAACCGGAUCCGGAGACUUGCAGCCAACUGCAGGGGCGCCGGAUGUCCUCAGGUUCAAGUUGAACUCAUUCGAGGCACAGGCGUCCUCUUCGCUUGGGAUCGAGUGGUCACCGAACUGAGUAUCGGCUGUCCCAUACUUCGAGCUUGGAGUGCUGCAUUGACAGAAAUUGCACGAGCGCCGCCGAGGCUUACCCAAUCACCGCCGCAGUAUAGGUAUAAUCCUUGUGAAAUCCGUCCCCUCGCUCCGAUCGCUAUGCAUAGACUAGGAGGCGUCGGGAUCGCGGCCUUCGAUAGACAAAGCCAACAAAAGCGGUCUUUUGCAGAGCUCUCAACUGAGAUAUCUCAAGGACAAGUCGACCUUCUUCAUGCACAGCUUGCCCAGUUUCGCAGUGCAUUGGCACACUACGCCGCGACUCAUCGCGACUCUAUUCGCGACGACCCUCAAUUCCGACAUGCGUUCCAACGCAUGUGCACGUCCAUCGGAGUCGAUCCGCUGGCAGGCCCUAGAAAGGGUGGCUGGUGGGCGGAGAUGCUGAACCUCGGCGACUGGCAGUUCGAGCUCGGGGUGCAGAUCGUCGACGUCUGCAUGGGCGAGCUCGUGAGGCUCGUGAGCAAGCUCAGAGGCGUCAAGGGCGGUGUCAUCACGGAAGACGAUGUCAUCCGGAGCAUCAAGACGCUAAAGCCCCUCGGCGCUGGAUACGAGGUGCUGGACGUUGGUGCGGGUAAGAAGAUGGUGAGGAGCGUACCCAAGCAACUAGACGCGGACCAGGCGGUGGUGCUUGCCAUCGCUCAGGAGGAAGGUGGUCGCGUCUCAGAACAAACGCUAGUGCAGCGGAGAGGAUGGACCCAUGAACGUGCGCGCGCAGCGUUGGAGAACAUGUUACUCCGCGACGGGUUAUGUUGGUUAGACGAGCAGGAUGACGAACAAGGGGUCGCUUACUGGGUGCCGUCUGCUAUGCGGUGGGAUGAAUGAUAAGGACGUGUAUCAAUGGUGUACAAUUUGGACACUGCGAUAGUGUUACUCCUAUUACAAAUCGGUUGGUCAUGCCUUCGUCUGCAUCUGAGCACAUUUUCGGCAACGACGGCUAAGCCGCUCGAAAGGUAUCAUAUCAACGUGUGCGCAUGCAGCCUAGUGUUCAAUAUCCCAGAGGGCAUGGAUCGGCAAGAGCCGUUCGUGCUGAAGGGCCGUAAUUUGAACAACGUGUCUGUCUCAGACAAGUCUCCAUGAUGCAAUACAUAACUUGGUC